AUGAACCGCGAGCUGUUUGCAGCCUUGGCGCUGGAUGGGAACAGCGAGGAGGAGGCCCGGGUGCUUUUCCAGCCGGUGCUGCAGCGCUGGCGCACCCAGCCGCGGCUCGCCACCUCCGGGCUGCGGGCCUUGGCGCGCUUUCCGAACACCGGACCGCAGGCGGCUCUGCGCUUGCUGCGGGCCAUGGGACGGCAGCGUCUGGAGGUGAACGGCUUUCACCUCAGCGCGGCCAUGGCAGGUGGAGACUGGCAGGUGUCUUUGUUCCUGCUGGCGGACUUCGUCGAAGGCUCCGAUGUGAAAGCCCGGAAUGCUGCGAUGGCGAGCUGCGAGAAGGCCUCGGCUUGGCAAGCUGCCUGCCUGCUGCUAGAAGCAGACGUGAUCAGCUACAACACCUGCAUCAGCUCUUGCGCCAAGGGCUCGGAAUGGAGAAGCGGCUUGCAACUGCUGGAGGAGAUGCGCGCAAUUCUGGCGCCGGACUUGGUGACUUACAACUCCGCGCUGCUGGCUUGCGGCCGGGCCGGCCAGUGGACCGCCGCCGUGGCUCUCUUGGAGGACCUGACCAGGGCGCAGCUGCAAGCUGACGGCUUUACCUUCCCAGCGCUGAUCUCAGCCUGUGAAGAGCGCUGGGAAGUGGCGCUGCUGUUUUUGAAAGAGCAAUCAUCGCCCAGCGAGCUUAGCUGGAACGCAGCCAUCAGCGCCUGUGACAAAGGCCUCCAAUGGCAGCGCGCCCUGGCGCUGCUGGCCGCAAUGCCGCGUGCGCGGCUGCGCGGGGAUGUGGUGUCCUUCAAUUCCGCGCUGAGUGCCUGCAGCAGGUGCGAGCAAUGGAUCACUGCCGUACAGCUGCUGCGCGAGAUGAUGCAGGACCGCCUCAGCGACGCAGUGAGCUACGGGGCAGUGAUGAUGGGCCUGCAGUGGAGGGAGGCGCUGGAGAUGUUGGCCCACUUGCGACCGAUGGACCUCAGCGAGGUGAGCUGCGGCGCCUGCAUCACCGCCUGCGGGCGCAGCCGCCGCUGGAGGGAAGCAGUGGCGCUGCUUCUCUCCAUGCCUUUGCUGCGCCUCGAGCCCUCCGUCGGAGCUAGCAAUGCGGCCAUCAGCGCCUGCGAGCAAGAGUGGGAGAUCGCUUUGGAGCUCCUGCGCACACACGCGCACGGACUCAGCGACCUGCGCCUUGCUUCCGCCAUGCGCGCCUGCUCCGAAGGCUCCCAGUGGCGGAGCGCCUUGGCUUUCGCCGCAGCCCUCGCCGCCAACGGCGCGGAUGGCGAGGGCAAACGCGGCCUGGUGGCGUGGGGGGGCCUCAUCACCGCCUGCGAGAAGGGGGAGCAGUGGCAGCUUGCCAUACACUUCCUGGGGGAUAUGUUGCAGCAGCAGGUUUUCCCGGACCUGAUCGCCUGCAAUGCGGCCAUCAGUGCUUGUGAGAAGGCGGCGCGGUGGCAGCCCGCACUGAGCGUCCUGCAGCAGAUCGUGGAGCUGCGCCUUUGCCCGAACGAGACCAGCUUCAACGCCGCGCUUAGCGCAUGCGACCGCGCGAUGCGGCAGGCGGGGUCUCAGAAGUUGGUGGGGGGGUUCUGA